AUGCUAGAAGGGGUUGCCAUUAAUGAAGAGCCCAAGCUAUACACACUGGACUCGGAAAACGUGAUUGCGUUUCUAGAAGACUAUGACCGGGAGCGUGUAUUGCUUCUAACAAAAUCGUGUACAGAAGAUGGUACGGAGUUCGAGCGCAAUUUUCGCAAAGCGAUGAAGAGUCAACGGUCAGAUGUGAUAUUCGCCAUGUUGAAUAGUGAUGUGGACGAGCACUCACUGGUCCUGGACGAGUUGCACUUGGAAGAAAGAGCACUCUACCGGCCCUGUGUUACAUGGGUCUGCCCACUGAGCGACUCAUCUGUGGGAUAUAUCGAAUCCGUGCUACGAUCAUUGCUUGAAUCAGAAUCAGAAGAAGAAUCUGACGAGUCAGUACAGACCGAAAUUUCACUGCUUAAGGAUAUGGUCGACUCACUCUUGAACCAAGAAAAUAGGGAACUCAAGGACAAUAAAGAUAACUGA